GAGGAAAGAGAGAGCAGAGAAGCUCAAAACCCCGCAUCGCAACAACCCCCGUGAGCGACCAACCCAUCCCAUCCUCACCAACCCCGGCCGCCGCCGCCGCCGCCGCCAUGACCGGCGCCGUCUCCAAGCUCGCCGCCCCGAGGCCCGCGGCCGCGCCGCUCCCGCCGGCGUCCGUCCGCUCGGCGUUCGUGGCGCCUGCCCCCUCCCCGCGCCGGUUCCGCGUCUCCAUCGCCGGCCGCGCCAGGAGCCCCAUCAUUGCAAUGGCUUCUGCCAAGGAAGGAAAUGGUGCCCCAACGAAGAGGACAACGCUCCAUGAUCUUUAUGAUCUCCAGGGUCAGUCCCCCUGGUACGACAACCUCUGCCGUCCUGUGACCGAUUUGCUGCCCCUUAUUGCCAACGGUGUCCGUGGAGUAACCAGCAACCCAUCGAUCUUCCAGAAAGCCAUCUCAUCCUCCAAUGCAUACGAUGACCAGUUCAAGCAGCUUAUAUUAGCUGGAAAGGACGCAGAGAAUGCUUAUUGGGAACUUGUCAUCAAGGAUAUCCAAGAUGCGUGCAAACUUUUCGAGCCUAUCUACAACCAGACUGAUGGGGCAGAUGGGUAUGUUUCUGUAGAGGUGUCCCCUAGGCUGGCAAAUGACACUCAGGGAACUGUUGAAGCUGCAAAAUGGUUGCACAAAGUGGUGAACAGGCCCAAUGUCUACAUAAAGAUCCCUGCUACUGCAGAAUGUGUUCCUUCGAUCAAGGAAGUUAUUGCUAAUGGAAUUAGUGUCAAUGUCACACUUAUCUUCUCAAUUGCAAGAUACGAGGCUGUGAUUGAUGCUUACCUUGAUGGACUUGAGGCAUCUGGUUUGAGUGACCUAUCCCGAGUGACCAGUGUAGCGUCCUUCUUUGUCAGCCGAGUUGACACACUUAUCGACAAAAUGCUUGAGAAGAUCGGAACACCUGAGGCACUUGCGCUCAGAGGAAAGGCUGCUGUAGCACAGGCAAAGCUAGCCAACCAGCUUUACCAGAAGAAAUUCUCUGGACCGAGGUGGGAGGCUUUGGUCAAGAAAGGUGCCAAGAAGCAGAGAUUGUUGUGGGCAUCUACCAGCGUGAAGAACCCUGCUUAUCCCGACACCCUUUACGUGGAUCCUCUCAUCGGACCCGACACCGUCUCUACCAUGCCUGACCAAGCUUUGCUGGCGUUCAUCGACCACGGCACAGUUUCAAGGACAAUCGACGCGAACGUUUCGGACGCUGAAGGUGUAUACAGUGCUCUGGAGAAGCUGGGAAUAGAUUGGGAUGGGGUUGGCAAGCAGCUAGAGUUGGAAGGUGUGGACUCCUUCAAGAAGAGCUUCGACAGCCUGCUUGUGAGCUUGGAGGAGAAGGGCAAUGCCCUCAAGAAGACAGUGAGCCUGUAGGUGCAAAGAUAGGGGCAGUUGAAAUGUUUUGGCGCUGGCAAGCGAACGAUUACUAAAUAAAUGCCACCAUGCUGGCUCUCGCUCUCCCUCUCUCUCUCUCUCUCUCUCUCACAAACUCUCUCUUGUGAUGUUGCUGCUCUCAAGUUUCUGGGUCAGCUUUUGUAUUCUAGGUGCUCUUGGCUGCUAUUGUGUAACUGAGGCAUAUGGCUUGCAACAUUUUCUGAUAAAUUGUUGGGCAAGUUUAUUUCA